AGUCCGUUCGUUUGGCCCAGCAGCGGCACUGUCCCUCAGCUCCCAGGUCCACCCCAGUGGGCACACGCUCAGGCGGCGCUCCUACCCCGCGCUCCCGCCCUCUGCUUUCCAUUCCAGCCGCCACGAUCUUGGAAGCUUUGAAGCCCAGCAAAGAAGGGAAAUCCACCGAGAACAGUCUGUAAAGGAAAACAUGACACCCAGAAAAGUCUGAGCCUCAAGAGAACAAGUGUCACCCACCACCACUCCCCAGCAUGAUUUGAAUCCUAACACCCAAGAGAUGGAAGCAGCUGAGAACCCAGAUUCCCUCCACAAUGGAUAAGUAUCCAUCCAUACUACAUGAGGCAUUUUCAUUGCAAGUUGCUGGGGAUGCAAACCUAGAGCUUUGUGAGGCUUGGAAAGUGCUCUUCUCCUGAGCGUAUAGAUUGAGUUCAUAACUACUCCCAGAUUCACUGUGAGACCAUGUCAUUUAGAUUUGGCCAACAUCUCAUCAAACCCUCUGUGGUAUUUCUCAAAACUGAACUGUCCUUCGCCCUGGUAAAUAGGAAACCCGUUGUACCUGGCCAUGUCCUUGUGUGCCCUCUGAGGCCAGUGGAACGCUUCCGUGACCUACGUCCUGAUGAAGUGGCCGAUUUGUUCCAAGUGACCCAGAGAGUAGGGACAGUGGUGGAGAAGCAUUUCCAGGGGACCUCCAUCACCUUCUCCAUGCAAGAUGGUCCUGAAGCUGGACAGACUGUGAAGCAUGUACAUGUCCACAUUCUUCCAAGGAAAGCAGGGGACUUCCGCAGCAAUGACAACAUCUAUGAUGAGCUCCAGAACCAUGACAAAGAGGAAGAGGACUCCCCAGCCUUUUGGAGGUCUGAGGAGGAGAUGGCCGCGGAAGCUGAGGCGCUGCGUGUCUACUUUCAGGCAUGAAAGUAACUCAAACAAAUCCUAAAGCAUACAGAAAUGGUCCUCGCUCUUCUGGACUCUACAGCAUUGAAAAUGAAGCUGAGCAGACUUUAUUACAUCCCACAAUUCUGCAGCUUUUUGCAAAGCAUUUUAUUGCACUAGUGGAAGCCACUAAGGUUAUGUUUCAAUCACAAUGACUGACAGGCUAACUUCACAAACAGUAGCACAGACUGCCUGCCACAGUUUCUCAGUUAUGUACUUAGAAUAGGACCUUUUCCAAAACUGUCCCUUAGCCUGGAUGAAAAUAAAGUGAUAGCUAAAAUAUUUA